AUGGCCGCCCCGCUGCUCGACGAGGGCCCCGCACCGGAACUAGAAAGCGAACUGUUCGAGGUGGUCGAGCGCUUCUCGUACAAGACGAAAAUCUUCAACGCCGGCUUCGCGGGCAUAUGUGGUGUCAGCUGCGUGUUCCCGCUCGACCUCAUCAAGACGCGCCUCCAGAACCAGAAUGCGAAUAGCCCGAUCUACAGAGGCAUCACCGACUGCGCGCGCAAGACGUGGCAACGAAACGGCGGCAGCUUCUUCAGCAGGAUAGGCGGAUUUUAUCAAGGUGCCUCUGUGAAUAUAUUGCUGAUCACACCGGAAAAAGCGAUCAAGCUCGUCGCCAACGACUAUUUUCGGCAUCAGCUCGCCACGCCGGGCGAGAAGAAGCUGGGCGCGCUACGCGGGAUGCUGGCAGGCGGCCUCGCCGGGCUCUUCCAAGUGACCGUGACGACCCCGAUGGAGCUGCUGAAGAUUCGCAUGCAGCAGGCGGAAAAGCGCGUCUCCCCAGCGGUGAUCUUGCGGCAACUGCUAGCGGAUCGCGGCUUUUGGGGGCUCUAUCGAGGCGUCGCCCCGACCUUGGCCAGAGAUGUCACGUUUUCGGUUAUCUACUUCCCGCUAUUUGCGAAACUCGACUCGAUGGGCCCUCGGAAAAAGGAUGGCAGCGGGGAUGCCGUUUUUUAUGCAAGUAGUCAGCUUAAAAUCCCAGUGAAAACA